AUGGCGAGCUGCGGAGCCGCUUGUAACCUGGAUGAAGGAGAUGGAGACAUCCCUGCCCCUGACCAGAAGGACAAUGCAGGGACAUCUACAGAGGAGAGUUCUGAAGAAGAGGAGGACGAAGAGGAGGAGGAGGAUUCUGACGGCUCUGCUGAGAAAGAAGAAGGAGAAUCCGAGGAGCCUGACGUUGAGGGUUCCUGUAAUGAUGUGCCCCCCAAGCCAUGCUGUGAAAAAUGCAAGGCUGUCCAGCGGAGUCAAGGCAAUGAACUGGUUACUCCCAGGAGGAUCUCUAAAGGACGCCUACAGGUGCAGCUGGAGGGAGAGGGGACAUAUGAGUGCUCCGUCACCGGCCUGGUGUUUGAGGUGUCAGAGAGAGUACUGAUCCGCUACUCUGUCCUGUCCUGGUCCAAGUUCGGCAUGUUCCUCAGGGACUCCUGGAGGUUCGCUGGGCCCAUCUUCAACGUGGACUGUGUCAACAGACCCUCAUCCAUCCUCACCUCCAUCCAGUUCCCUCACUUCCUCUGCCUCACUGAUCCCGACAGUGAAAUGACCUUCAGUGUCCUGCAUAUGAAGGACAGCUGUCCGGUGAUCGAGCCCUCGGUAGACCACUCUGGCAGCCAUGUAAAGUGGCGUGUGUCGUCCCUGUCCCCGGUGGGGCCCAUUGUCCAGAGCAGCAAGCCUGUAGAGCACCACGGGGUGGUCCUGGUGUUUAAGGAACUUGCUCUGAACAACUCCUACUCCUUUCGCAUCUACCUGGCCACCAACAACUCCUCCGACAUUAAGGACAUAGGGAAGGAGGUGCGUUGCGCCAACAAGCGUUAUCUGAAGGUAGAGAAGCCACCCACCUGUAAGUUGGAUGAGAGGAGGUACCGCCUCAUGAGUGAACCAGAGGGAGACAUCAGCCCUGCGGACUUGCCAUUCACGCUGGCCGUGACUAAAUUGAAGGGAUAUUUUGAGGUGUUCUUUGAGCAGCCCCCACCUUUCAAGAUCUCCCUCGUAGAGACAGAUUCCGACCAGACUGUGUGGUCAGCCACCAUCAGAGAAGGUGACUGUGUGGACAAUACAGUUGAAAAGCCAAGGAAACUGACAGAUAACAGGAAGAGAAGCACAAGCACAUCAGAGGAAGAGUUGCCCAAAAAGAGACGUCGAUGUGCAGAUGAGUCAGACGGAGUGCGGACAGUGCAGGUCCCAGACGUGUCGUCCAAGCAGCUGAUGCAGGUGGCUAAGCGGCAGGGGAAGGAGUGGAAGCAGGUGGCUAUCGGUUGCCUGGACCUGUCCUCCAAAGAGCUGGACGAUAUACAGGCCAGUGAGGAGGAUGUCAUUAUGCAGAGGUUUAAGGCGUUGGAGCGCUGGAAGACUGGCAGGUCAAAUGGUCAAGCCACUGUCACUCACCUCUUGAUGAGCCUACAGGAGCUGGAUGACCUGCCCAACGAGGUCCUCAAGACACUGCAAGAUAUGAUGGACAAUAAAGCUGCCGAAUGAGAUAUAUUUUGCUUCCCAAGGUCCCUGCCUUUCCGCAGCCCUAUCGUCAAUGAGCCAGAGAGACAAUGGGAAAGAGACGUUUGAACUCUUGCCUUGAAGACAGAAAUCCCUCUGCUUCUGCUGUAUGGCAGGGGUACUCUUACCCUACGAGGUCCGGAGCCUGCUAGUUUUCUGUUCUACCUGAUAAUUAAUUGCACACACCUGGUGUCCCAGGUUUAAAUCAGUCCCUGAUUUGAAGGGAACAAUGAAAAAAAUGCAGUGGAACUGGCUUCGAGGUCCAGAGUCGAGUUUGAGGGCUGUAUGGAGUAGGAUGAAAGUUGCCUCUAGUCCAGGGAUGGGCAACUUCAAUCCUCAGGGGCCGGAGUGGUGUCACAUUUCUUCCCCAUCCCUAGCUAACGCAGCUGAUUAAACUAAUGGCAUUCUAAACUGAAGAUCAUAAUUAGUUGAGUAUUGGAGUCAGGUGUGUUAUCUGGGG